AUGCUGGAAGACAAUAUUCGCCACCAGCAGCGUGGCUAUGCACGACCCGCUUCUGGCAUUCUCGCAAUGGGCAGAUGUGAGAGUGGACGUGCAAAGGCGGCGUUAGAGACGAAGAAUAGGGUCGCUAAACACGUUGCUGCCUGUUCGGAAGCAGUUAAGUACACGCUGACCAAGUGCAGCGCCGUAGAGCUUGGGGAAGAUGAGAGGUUGGAGAGGUGAAAGGUGCGUAUGCAUCAUGUGGAGGAGGAUGCGGAGGAUGAAGUGGGGCAGAUGUCUUGCAAUGAAAGGCGUCAUCAGUGGUAUAAGCGCCAUCUU